CCGGGAGCCCGGGCUGCGGCCAGGGGCAUGAGACCGGCCAAACGCCUGCGCCUCCUCGGCCGGGGCCGCGCAGACUUGCGAUGGCAGUGAAGCUGGCCCGCCGCAGAGUAGGGUAAACACAAGACGUGAAGAGUAGUGAAAGGGACCAGUGCUUGCCCCAGGCCCUGAGAGGAGGGAGGCUGGGUCAAGCCCCUGUGGACAGCCUGCACUGCUUCCCAAAGAUGCUCUUGAAGUAGUCCUCACUAACACGGCUUGCCUUCACCUGCCAUCAUGGGCUGCAUGAAGUCAAAGGAACCGUUCCCAUUUCCUACCGCGUUAGACAUGGACAAGCUGCAUGAGAGUGAAGAGGCCUUUAUGCCAGAUGACAGCUGUCACUACAGGACGCCUUCUCCAGAUGAACAGCAGCAAGUCCAGGCAGUGAAGAAACCCCCAGAGCCCGGUGCUGUGAUUGGUGCCGUGAUCCUUGAAUUUGCAGACCGUCUGGCCAAUGAAAUUGUGGAGGAUGCUUUGCAGCAGUGGGCAUGUGAAAACAUCCAAUACUACAACAUCCCAUACAUUGAGAGUGAGGGCUCUGACACCACCAUUGACUGAUGAUACUCAACUGUGCUCUGGAUGUAGUCGGUGCUAGUUAAAUACAUACGUUUUCAAAUUGCAA